AUGAGCAGCAACCUGUCAUUUCGCGUGCCGCCCACCGAGCAGCCUCGCUUAGCAGCGCAGCACCGCGUCGCCAUCGUCACCGGAUCGUAUGACCAGUCGAUAGACGGCGUCGCCCUCACCCUCAACCGGCUGGCGGCGCGGCUCCUCCAGCUCGGUCACAGCGUGCUGGUCCUCUGCCCCGGCGACGUGGCGCGCCCUCCGGUGCUGGAGCACGCCGGCCUGCUCGUGCGCGUGCCGUCCACGCCUCUGCCCGUCUGGUCCGAGUACCGGCUCACCUGGGGCUUGGGCGGCACGGCCCGAGCCGCGCUCGAGCAGUUCCGCCCGACAGUGCUGCACGUGGCGGCGCGCGGCAUCCCUCGGCUGGUGGUGUGGCCUCGCGGCGUCGACGUGGCGCUCUUCUCGCCCUCGAAGCGGCGCGCGGCGGCGGGGUCCGUGCCGACGGUGCUGCUCGUGGCGCGGCUGCGGUGGGAGAAGGGGCUGGCGGACUUCGCCGCCGUCGUGCGGAGGCUCGAGGCUCGCGCCGGCCGUGGCGCCGCCUUCCGCACCGAGGUCGUCGGGGACGGGCCGGCGCGCCGCCGGCUGGAGCAGCUGCUGCCGCGGGCGAGCUUUCGCGGCUUGCUGACGGGGGAGGCGCUCGCGGCCGCCUAUGCCGGCGCAGACGUGUUUCUGUACCCGUCUACCACGGAAGGGUGGGGAGGCACCUGCCUCGAGGCGCAGGCAUCGGGGCUGCCCGUCGUGGCGACGGACUCGCCCGGCGUGGCCGACGUCAUCUCCGCCGGCGCGUCGGGCCUCCUCGCCCCGCCGGGUGACGUGGGCGCCAUGGCGGCGCACGUGGCCGCCCUGCUCGCCAACCGGUCGCUGCGCGUGGCGAUGGGGCGUGCCGCCGCGGCCCACGCCUCCACCUUCUCGUGGGAGGCGUCGGGUGACCUCGUGCUGGCGCAGUACGACGGCAUGGCGUCGAGGGUUGGGCGCGGGGUUUGA